AUGCGCUUGAAAGGCUGUGGUGGCUGUGGCCGAGCCCCGCUGCGCACCGGCUCAGACCCGGGGGAGGCGACCGAGGACAAGGAGCAGCGUUUCCUAAGCACCGCGGAGGCGGCCGCCCUGGAGCGGGAGCUGCUGGAGGAUUAUCGCUUUGGGCGGCAGCAGUUGGUCGAGUUGUGCGGCCAUGCUAGUGCCGUGGCUGUGACCAAGGUGUUCCCCUUGCUUGCUCUCUCUCGGAAGCAGAGGAUGGUGCUGGUCCUGUGUGGCCCGGAGCAGAACGGGGCGGUGGGGCUGGUCUGUGCCCGGCACCUGCGGGUGUUUGACUAUGAACCGACCAUCUUGUACCCCACACGCUCCCUGGACCCGCUGCACCAGGACCUGACUACGCAGUGUGAGAAGAUGGACAUCCCCUUCCUGUCCUAUCUGCCCACGGAGGUCCAGCUCAUCAACAAUGCCUAGGGGCUGGUGGUGGAUGCCGUGGUGGGCCCUGACGUGGAGCCGGGUGAGGUCGGGGUCCCCUGCACAUGUGUGCUGGCCACACUCAAGCUGCUGUCCAUCCCCCUCGUGAGCCUGGACAUUCCCUCAGGCAUGCCAGGCUGGGACUCGGAGACCGGCGGCGACGCGGAGGACGGGCUGCGGCCGGACAUGCUGGUGUCGCUGGCGGCGCCCAAGCGCUGCGCCGGCCGCUUCUCCGGGCGCCACCACUUCGUGGCCGGCAGGUUCGUGCCCGACGACGUGCGCCGCAAGUUCGCGCUGCGCCUGCCGAGCUACACUGACACCGACUGCGUGGUGGCGCUGUGAGCGCCCCCCGCGCCCACGCGGCCGGACCCCGGCCAAU